AUGACUGUGCAAGCUAAUGUUAUUAAAUGUAAAACCUCAUACCCGGACUCAUACAAGAAUAUAGAGUGUAUUUUCCAUAUAAGAUACGAGCUUUUUGAAGACAAAAGUCUUGCUUAUAAAGGGCGAUUCAUCGGCAGUAAAAACAAGGAAAACGGCGACAAAACGAAAAAGUUUGCGUACAAUCGGUAUUCGCCGCUUGUAUUCAUCGGCGGAGUGCCGAGAAGUGGCACCACAUUCAUGAGGGUUCUCCUCGACUCGCAUUCGGACAUCAGAUGCGGUGAAGAGACGCGAGUUAUUCCCGAUUUGUUACACAUGUCCAGCAAAUGGCGCAAAUCGUCCUUUGAAUCCCAGCGCCUGUCAGAGGCCGGCAUUACUGGCCACUUGUUAGACUCAGUGGUCGCCGACUUUAUAUUGGAGAUUAUGGUAAAACACGGAACGCCUGCCCCCAGGCUUUGCAAUAAGGAUCCGCUUGCUUUGCAAUCGGCCCUAUAUUUAAGACAUUUGGUCCCAAACUCUAAGCUAUUACUUAUGAUACGAGACGGUCGGGCAGUCGUUCACUCCAUCAUCAGUCGAAAUGUGACUAUCGGUGGCUAUGAUUUAAAUGACUUUUGCCAAUGCCUGAAGAUUUGGAACAAAGAUAUUUCUAAUAUGCACAAUCAAUGCCAACAAUUGGGAAGUGAUGUCUGUUUUCCCGUACGAUACAAACAAUUUGGAUUGUCAACGGAUCAAGUGAUUAAACCAAUCAAUAUCGAGGCGCUGUCCCAAUGGGUCGGACGCAUACCUGACGAUGUGGUCAGAGAUAUGGCUACUAUAGCGCCGAUGCUCUCGAUUCUGGGUUACGAUCCUUUGGCUAAUCCUCCAAACUAUGGUUCGGCCGACACUUCCGUUGAGCUCAAUAUGAAACGCAUGGAAGACCACAAACAGCACUGGUAUGCAAAACAACAGCAAAUUAUCUCUAUUAGACAAAACUUAACUAAACAUUUUAAUUGGUAA